UUUGUCUCUAAGCUAUAUUUAGGUUUCAUUUGACAACGCGUCCUCGGCCGAAGCGAACGUGAAUUAGUUUCCUUUCCGUUUCUCUAGCACAGCACCCAAACUACAGUUAAAUAGUUUGGAGAAGAGUGCUGACACCGGACAAAAGAGAGAAAAUCGUUUGGACACUGCAUUCAGCAAAUCGAAGCCGUGUGAUAGUGGAGAGUGUGGUGUAGUCCACAGUGAUAAUUAAAAUUUAUUGUUAUUCUAUGUAAAUUUCGGCGGAAAUGAACUGUUGUUUUAGUUUCUUUUGAGUUUGUCUUUAUUUUGUAUAAAUAAAUUUUGUUUUCUCUUUGUUAAUAUUGAGUUAAUUAAUGUGAUUUGUGGAACUCUACCGUGUACGAACAUCCGACGAAAGUCAAUCGAAUCGGAGCGAAUGCAAAAUAAAGUUCAACUGGUGGGAAAAACGAAACCCUGAAAAACGUUGUGUCAGUGUUGGGUAUGUGAUUAUGUGUUAACAUCAGUUUCAUUGGAACAUUGGAAGAUCAAAAAACUGGACGAAUUAAUGAAAGUGCAACGCGUGUGGUGUUUGAGUUAUGGCCAGUAAUGGGGGAACUCUCCAUGGGGUUCCCCAUACGCAGCAAAGCUUAAGUGGGCACCAUAGUUGUUCGCACUGUGGGCUCUAUUUCGAUAGUUCGUCGUCGCUUCAAGUGCAUAUGCACUACCACCAUGAAAGCAUGAAUCGUUGGGGUCCCACAUCUACGGGAAGCUUGCCCAGUUCAACAACGUCGUCUACGCCAACAUCGGACACUGAAAAUAACAAUCAACCGUCGUUGAAGUCGCAUACAAAGUCAUCAUCACCGCAUCAAACAAUCGCAGCUGCAGCAGAUUCAAGUGAUAACCAACCGUCGACUCCGCAGCCACCAACUCUCCCAGAACCAGGUACGCCUCAAAGUUUUACUGGCGGUGCGUCGCCAUAUCAACAACCAGCAGCAAUUAUCGCUCCACCAGAGAUGCACUACCCAACCUAUAUCCACGGCUACGAUCCCUAUUAUCAUCCGACAAGCAUUGAUUACGGUAAUCCACUGCCUCCACCGCAUCUCCAUAGUCAAUCACAAUCAGAGUACAAAGCAGUGCCUUCAGUCAGAUACCACCCUUACAAUAACAAUAAUCUCAGCAACGGAAACCAUAACCCAUCAUCCUUGAGCUCAAGUAACAGUGUUACAAACGGUACAUCACCCCUAAAUAGCGCUGGAUUGAGCCCACAAGUGGUCAGUUCCUCCAGCAGUACCCAAAACCCGACCUCACAAACUGCAACAACGGUAGCUUCAACAACAACCACAACGUCUCCUCAAACAAGCGGAUCGCAUAUUCCUCCCACUCCUUCUCCAUCUCCAAUUCAAUGUGAAAAGUGUGGUUUGGUGUGUGAUUCAGACGAAGUUCUGAGUGAGCAUGACGCAUCGGUACAUCAGUCUCAGCAGCAACCCCCUGCACAACAUUCAUCCGAGGGUAACAGUAUGAAUCGAAGCGAAGAACCAGACAUGCAAAGUGGCUAUCCUUAUGGAAACAAUCCGCCACCUUUCAUAAAAGAAGAGCCGCCGGGUUCGGACAUUCUCGAUCUUGACUCACAAAAGAUGGUUUAUCCACCGGAGCCCGUGCUUCCACCGAUGAACUCAUUACACCCUCUACAGUCAAUGCAACGUCAUCCGAUGAUGUGGGCACAUGACCCACACAACUUCAUUCCACCGCAUCCAACACAUGAUUUGAAAGCACCCUAUUACCACCCUCAAAUCAAAUCGGAAUACUCUACAACGCCAUCAAUUAAGGGCGAUUAUCCUCAGCAUGCCGCUAUGCAUGUUAAACCAGAAUAUACUGCUAUUGUCGCUCCUGCGCCAGUUAAAAACGAAUAUAACAUUCCACCGACUUUGCCGUCGGCUGUUCCACAAUCUAAUCAACCGGUGAAGUCGUUCUCCGAAGAAGUUAGUGAGAAUAAUCAGUUGGCAACUAGCCCGUCAGACUUUCCCAGUACAACGACUCCCCAGGAAAAUAGUUCGCAAUACAGAAAUUUCGAACCUCCUACUUCGUCGCUACCCAACAAUGCAUUACCAUCAAAAGGAACGGCAUGGAAAUCUAACGAAGCUAGAAGACCGAAGACUUACAACUGCACUGCCUGUAACAAGUGGUUCACCAGUUCUGGUCAUUUGAAGCGACACUACAACACGACACUGCACAAAAAUGCGGUUAAAUCAAGUGGACAACCAGAUCCCGCUACGUUGCCCAUCAGUAUUCAUCAUCACCCGGGCCGUGAUCCCAACUACGGAAACAAAGGAAGGCGAGGCUCUGCUGCUCAAAUACAGCAACCUAUACAACAGCCAGUACCGCCUCCUGAUCCUCCUAGAAGUCCCGACUACGGUUCGCAGUACAGUAGUGCACCGGGGUUUACAACAGGAGUACAGGGGUUCCACCAGUACAAUGCCAAUCUUCAAAACACUUCGUCAACGGUUCCCCCAAACGGGGUAGCAGGUCCCUCCGUCCAAGCCUCCCCACCGAGGGGCCUGCAGAUCUUCUCGAACAGCAACAUGGAACUGUUGCAACAGCAGGAGCAAACGGAUCAAACCCCUACUACCACCAUCACCACCACCAGCAUUCCAUCGCCGCUGCACAAUCAGCACACCAUCAGUACAACGGAGCAAUUCCACACCACCAACCCUUUAACUAUCAACAUCAGCAUCCCAUCAUUCCAAACCAUCCUGCCGGAGGCACCGAACUAUCACCAUAUUAUUGGUAAUCACACAACGCCCUCAGAGGUCACGGAAAUGAUAUCGAGCGAUCAAUACUUUACAAUCAAUGGAUAUGAUAGCACAUCCGUAGAUUCCGCUGGGUUGGGGUUUCCCCGGUAUUCGGGGGGCGCCGAGGUGUAUCAGGGUGAUACGGCGCCCCCCUUUUCACCAAAUGUACCGGAGCAAUAUCAGCCAACCGAUUCGCUCUACAAUGAACUCCGUACACCAACUCCACAACUAGCAGCAACGGCACCUUCGCUUUCGCCAGGACCAUGCUCUCCAAGGGUCACAUCAACGGGAACCACUUUGCCGUCGGAAACUCGAAGCAACGAAAUUCAUCGUUGUGAAGAGUGUGACAAAGUCUUCAACAAAUCUUGCUAUCUGACGCAACAUAACAAAACUUUCCAUUCGGGCGAUAAACCCUUCAAAUGCCAUCGCUGUGGAAAACGAUUCCCGUGCGAUCAGUCCCAUGAAGAACAUCUGGCAAAACACGGUGGAGAAAAGCCGUUCAAGUGCGAGCUAUGUCCCAAGCAGUUCAACCACAAAACAGAUCUCCGGCGCCACAUGUGUCUCCAUAGUGGUUCCAAGCCGUAUGCAUGUGAUCAGUGUGGCAAAGGAUUCAUUCGCAAGGAUCACAUGCUGAAACAUUGCGAAACUCACAGAAAGAAAUCGGUUGCAGUCAUGAAGAGACCACUCAACGGAAAGCUGACCAAUCAGAUUCAUCCGAAGGCACUCAUGGUGGGAGACGAAUGACAAUGGUUUCUCAUCCGUUGUCUGACUCCUGAGCCGUGAUCGAAGUAGGCGGACAACGGAUCGCCACCGAAAAGGAAGCGUCAGCUCAAUUGGUAAUGUUUUUGCAAAUCUCAAUGUUUUCAAAUUUGAUUUUAUUUUUUCGUUUGGGUGAUUCUUAGAUUUUUAUUUGUACAAAAUCCAACGUUUCCUUUUAUAAGAAACAAAGUUACCUACAUGAUUCCUCUUGCCAAAACCAGGUGCAGUACACUACUACCUCAAUGUAACAUUUAAUGAGAAAAGAAGAAUAACAAUCUGACAAAUAGCCAAUCACUAGUUUAAUUGAGUAUUGGAAAUAGCAAAAAGCGUAUGCAUAAGUCAACACAGAAACCUACCUCAAUAGUUAUUACAAUUCUUAUUGUGCGACGGUAGACCACACUUCUUCUUCCGUCGCAGAAUAAGCGAAGCAAUUCAAACAAAGUUAUACAUUUUAAUAUAAACCAAUAUUUACAAUUAUACCGCAAAACUGAUGACGCAAACUAAAGCAAAUAUAAUGAGUGUAUUUAUCGUAAUAAAUCACACACCGAGAAGAGGAUUACCUGAGCGUGGUGAAUCUAAUGGAGAUUUAAGAAAGUAUUUUGAAAAUUAUUUUAAAGCAAUAUUAACCGUUAAUAGAAAAUCAAACUAAAAUCACAAAACAGUGGCUACGUCUCUGCUUGAUAAAGCGAAACAAGUACCUCUCUUGAAACAGUAACUAUCGUCAUCACAGGAAUGGAAAUUAUAUCACAAUGGAUGAAAAAAUGUUAUAAUAGGGUCAUUACAAACCAAACUUUCAAUAAAGACAACAGAACAAAUGUACAAAUAAAACCUGGUAAAACAGGAAACAAAAUGAGUGUAAAAACAAAAAUUGCAAACAGUACUCUAUACGAAAGAAUCAUACUUGUUGUUGGAAAAAAUGCAAAAGAACAAAAAAAAAAAAACAUUAGCGUAAACGUUCAACUCGUGUCUAUCGGAAAAAAAUCACAAACAAUUCACACAUGUAGGCGCAUAUACUUAUAGUGAAAUGUCUGCGCCAACAAAACUGGAACGGAAACAAACAAUCCUUCGUACCGAAACUGUAUUAUCAAAUGGUUGUGUUAGAUUAAUUAAUUACCUAUUAUUGAGGAUUACAAGUUUCCCGCGUUUGGUUUCAAUUCCCGAUAGCUUCAACCGUCCCUCACCCAAUAAUAUCCAUUCUGUCUAGCGUUUGAGCUCACGCACUUUGUCGAGUUUCAGGUUCGACUGAAUUCAUUAGACCACCGUCUCUUGGUUUGUUCUGGAUGUAUCCCGAGCAGGAAAUUUGACUGUAUUUUGUGAACGUAUGAACGUGUUCAAAUCUUGACACUAUCUCUAAUAAAAAUGGACAUCACAAUAUUUCUAGCGAAAUUAUGAACUUUGUUCUUUUAAAAUUUUUAAUACACCGAUGAUCGUCACCGUGUGAUAAUUCUUUCAAAAAUAUGAAAAAGAAAGAACAAUACUCAUUUUUUUGCUCGGGAUUCCCAACCAACAAACCAAACUCCCGUUCACACUUCCGUCGGGUGUCUUUGUUGAUUGGUCGCGCGAACGUCUAGGAGUGGAUUCCCCACCAUUUAUGUCUCGUCGUUCCUCCUUCCUAAAUCUUGUGAAUGAGCCCAAUCCCCCACGCUCUCUGAAACAGAUAUAAAACAUCCUGGCGCGUAUCUUCGGAAAUAACAGACAAGUAGUUCCACUGAAGGUGUUUCUUUCGUUCGAGUGCUUUAUCUGGUACCGUAUUAGAUGAUUAUUAUUGCCAUCUCAUCUUUAUGAGCCAUUUAAUUUAUGAUCUUCCAAUCAGGUUGUAAGUCCAUUAUAAUUUACAAUGUUUAAGUUGUAAUUACUGAAACUUUUUAUUUGUUCAGUAAUUGAAUUUUAGUUACCGUUGUUUAAUUUUUUUAAAUAUAUUUUGUUCUGGUUAUGUGCCAAAUUGUAGUAAACUCGGAAGAAAAGAUUUACUAUUUUUAGUUGUUACCUUAAUUGUAUAUACCGAGAGAAUCACUUGUGCCAAACUUUAUUCUGAGUUACACAGUUUCAACCGUAGUUUAAUGUUACCACUGAACGACUACCAUCACAAAUUCGUUGCUUCCAGCUAAACAUCACCAUAUCACAAAAGAACAAUUAUUUUGAAAUAUCUCAUAGAUUUAAUUAAGUAUUGCAUAUGAGAAUAACAUAUCUACUUUUGUGAAACAAAACCUAGCCAAUAUCAAUUGAUUUCCAUGAAUAGAACAUAUCCAUCUUGAGUUUAAAGUAUAAGUGAACACGAAAUUCUCAACUGACGAAUUAGAAGCAGUAUAUCACAUCAAGGUCGUUGUAAUAAUUGGAUGUGUAUUUGAUAGAAAACUAUAAACCAAUAUCUAUGAGAAAAAAAAUACUCGUGACGCAUAGACGUGUGAAUCAGAGUACCAGUGUAUAAAGAUUAUCUUAAAAGUAAAAUUAUUGAAAAUGAAAAUGAACAUCAUGAUACGAGAUCAUUUGCUCAAACCAUUUUGGAUUUAUUAGCGCCCCAACUGUAUCGUUUCUGUUACCUUUGUUACCAAAACUCUAUGUGUAAAGUAUAUUAACCCCUUCUGUCGACAGAAGGUUUCACCUCAACCGGAGUUAUCCUAUGGGAUGGCUCAUCAUCGAAUUACGUUGCCAUUUUUUAUGUUCCAAACAACAUCACAAAACUAGCCAAUAAGUACACGUUAUGUAAUCUUCUUCAGAAACAAACUCCUUCAUUGAAAAGUAUUUAAUUUUUCCCAUGUACAAAUAGAUUUUUAGUUCUCAAACGAUGAGACGAGAAACCGAAUGAGAUUAGAGUAUUUGGAUACUACCUAAAAGACGUAUGUGAAGUUUAUUGAGAAAACAAAGUUUAAAUUAUAUGGAAACGAAAUAAAUCUGGAUGAAAAUGUAA